AUGACUGAAAGAGUACAAUCUAACUUGGAAAGAAUGAUUCCAGAGCUAGAAGACUACAAAGACAGAGGUAUUUUUACUUCUAAUGAGCUGCAAAAGAUAAUUUCUACACGUAAGAAGCACGAGUUUCGGCUCCAGCGAUUGGACAAAAAAUUGCUGGACAUCAUGAGGUACAUAGAAAGUGAAACCUCUCUAGAGAAGAUUAGAGACAAGAGACUCAAGAAGAUGAAUGUAGAUCCUUCUUUAUACGAUAGGAAAAUAUCGGAAAGGGUUGUUGAAUUGUAUAAGAAUGCUCUCUAUAGAUUUAAUGACAAAAACAUUAUAACACAUUUUGCAGAGUAUGCUACCAGGAAAAGACUAUUUGUUGAGAUGAAGCAAGUUUUUGCUAAUUUUUGUUUAAAACAUCCUCUGGACAUUGAUCUUUGGAUAUUCUGUGCUUCUAAACUCUUUGAGAUAGAUGAUGUGGAUAGUUCUCGAGCAAUGUUUCUGAAGGGGAUAAGAAUUAAUCAAAAUGAUAUGAGACUGCGGGUUGAAUUUUUUAGAAUGGAGAUAUUGUAUAUAGGGAAGAUUAAUAUGAUAAAUAAGGAAAUGGGGAUCGAUGAUGACGAUAAGGAUGAGGUUGAGAAAGGGGACAUAGCAUUUAAUAUUUUCUUGGACUCUUUAGAAACCUUUCAAGAUAUCAAUUUGCUCUCUGAAAUGAUUGAACUAUCUAAAAACGUCAAAGAAGUGAACGAUCGUAUCACUGAAUGCCUAAAUCGAUAG